GUCAACUGGGGCUGCCCUGGGCGCGUGGGGCGGUUUCUAGAUUUUGGCCUAUGACAUGACCUCAGCCUGAUAAAGCUUCCAGCCGCAAUCUCCGCACUGGCGGAGUGUCUGCAAGUGGGACAGCGACAGAGACACGCUAUCUCAUCGCUUACUGCCGCGCUGCAAGAAGUGAAGCCAACCUUGCCCUCCCAGAGAAGUUUGCUGCAUCCUAAGUGGUGGCCUCAAAAACAGCUAAGACACUGCGAACGCCACAAAUUACGAUGUCGCGCACCCUGUUAUUGAUCGCAAGCCUCGCCACGAGCGACGCCUUCGUCGCGCCGCUGCAGCGGGUCGAAACACCGCUUGCCGUCUCCGCCGUGAAGCUCGACGCCGCCGCCGUCGAGGGCGAAGAGAGCCGCCCGAAGACGCCGCCGCUCGGGGCGAAUCUCGUGCUGCCGGGCGACGACGACCUCACUUAUGGGACGACGAUCGUGUCCUGUGCCCUCGCGUCGUUCCUCAUGCUUACGGCGGCACUACCGUCUGACUGGCAGGCCCCGCCGGCGAACUCGCGGGAGGCGCGAGCUGUCAAGGUCGAGGCGCUCCUGAGGCAGAACAAGAAGCUCGCGAAGAAGGACGGCCGCGUCGUCGAGGUCGCGGGCGAGUUGUCCGCGUUUGACAAGGCCGAGGCCUUCAUUCUUCCCGCGGCCGCGUUGUUCAUCGUCGCGCCGGUGCUCGUGCAGGGGAGAAACUUGAAACAGAUCUACGAUUACUCGAGGACCGAGGACAUCCUGAAGGACUCGCGCGACGCCGGGCGCGCGUCGAGCGCCGCGGCGAGCCGGAGCCUCGGGACGUCGAUGCGCAAGUGGCUGGGCUUCGACAACUAAGCGCCGCCGUGCCGCGCCCGUGUUGUGGGGCGCGCCGUCGGCGGCGACGAGCGGGGGACAGCCCAAGGCGUGUCCCCCCCAACCUAACUAAAGUUGUGUCCAUAAUCAUGAA